GCGGAAGAUUCAGGAGGCCAUCGCUUUGCGAGCGAGCGAGCUGCGCAAAGUGCCUGACGUAUGCGAAGACGACGCAUCACGACGUUUGCUUUACCAUCGGUUAGUCGGAAAAAUGCGCGUUUUGUUCGAAAAAAAUGCUAGUGGAAACUACACCUAUGCGGUAUCGGAAAGCGAGCUGCACAUCCCGCCGCGUCUGCACGAGUUUUUCCUUGCUUUCGUCUCGGAGGUGGAGGAAGCGACCCCGGACUUUUUGUCGCCCGACUACUCCCCGAUAGUGGAAGAGCAGGACAAGGAAAAUCGAGGGUGCGGUCUCCCAAAUUUUCUUUCCGAUCCGGUGUUUCGCUUGCUAUUCAAUGAGUCGUUCGAAGCAACGGCGCCAACGGCCGUGUGGUCAUUGGCCGAGAAGGUACACGAGUACAUGACGCGCACUGUAUGCCGCCUCGUCGCGGAUGUGGCCGGCCGCGACUUCCCGCGUCUGCAUCAAAGCCUGCAAAGUGAGGUCAUGGAACUGACAGAGGAGCUCCUGCAGACACUUCGUACCCAUCUGGAGGCCGUCCUCGACAGUGAGCGUGGGUGCGUCCUUACUCUGGACGAGCCAGGCUUUCAGAAACUGAUCGACGAAAUGAAUCUUAUCGUCAACGCAUCUUCGUCGCGGGAAUCAAACUAUAAUGGUUGGUUGCAGUACCUCGCUUCCUUCGGGAUCAAAAACAUGGAGGACUCGACCCGCCAGCAACAGCUGCGGGAUCUUCGCACGAACAAACCGCGGAUUUUUCAUAUGCAAGUAAGCUUGGCGGCUUACACAAAGUUGGUACAGCGGCAGCUCUUCGACCGUGUAGCCAAGCUCUGCCAGCUUUUUUUUGUGUCGCGCUUUCAGGAACGCUUCGACGAAACUCUCACAACCAAGGAUCUAGAUUUUGUUAUCGGAAAUAUGCAACAGGAUCGUCGCACAGUGGAGCGCCGCCGCCAAGCGGAGACCUCGCUAAAGCGUCUCAAGCGCUGCCGCGAAACGCUCGACAGUCUCACGCUCUGAUGUGGAGCUGAAUAUUCAGAAAUCAAAAGGAAAACUAGAGUCGUUUUCUGUUGCUAUACAAAUGAGGAAACGGUCGGAGAAAAUAGUCGUACGGGAAUGUGCUUUGCUUGUUCGCGUUGAAAAUCCAGAAGUUACAACGUUGUACAGCAUACGCAGUUUUCUUGUUGUUUCUAAUAAACGACAUACACUGUUUUUGGUCUCGUCUUUCUGAGUCCAUUUAUCGUAAUUCACAAAUCUGCAGAGAGUCAAUCUUUCGCAUACCUUACUCUGAUGAUAAGUAGGUUUGAUGCGUGACGCAGUGACUCUACUUUUAGCUCGAUCGCUAGAAAAAUGUGCCACAUUAGUUAUGAAAAUGAAAGAUCUGAACGUUCAAUCGGCGCUCUUCAUUCCACACUAGUUCUUUCGCGGAGGUUCAUGGGAAGUACCUAUGAUACAGCAGAUUGACAGGAAGCGUGUACGCUACAAAUGACAUGAUUCAAAGAAAAUACGACUCUGAAACUAAACACGAAAUUUGGCCGCACCACUGUUGACAGAUUGUCAGCCUCAUUCUACUAAACCGGUGCACUGCCUGGCAUUCCUGGGCCUCGUUACUAUGUAAACAACCCGUGCAUAAGUCCGGUCUCAUUCUCGAUGCUAGAAAUAGCUUGAAGAAAUUAUUCGUGAAAGAUUUUAGGUUGCUGAACAUGAUGUGAUAAAUGGACCACAACAAAAAUGUUACGUUCCUCCUGAGGUGGGGUCUUCGACCUGUCUUCCCCUGGGGGUGGUUCCAACGACGUGACUGCGAACCUAGAUAGUGGGG